AUGUUUAAGCUGAAAGAGAUUGAACUUUGUAGGCAGUUUAAAGAAAAAGUUUUAGAAGAAAUAACACAUGAAAUUGAAGAAUUUGAUGAAUGGUGGGACAGAACGAUGGAAAUAAUGCUGAGGGUUGCUGGAGAAAUAUUGGGUGAGAGUAAUGGUAAGAUGUUUGAAAAUAAGGAAACGUGGUGGUUCAAUGAAGAAGCGAAGGAUGCAACAAAGCAAAGGAGAGAAGCAAAGAAAAGGUGGGAUGGGACCCAAAUGGAAGAGGACUGGAUGGCCUAUAAGGAAGCAAAUAAAUUAGCAAAGAAAACUGUAGCAAUUGCUAAGGAUAUAGCAUAUGAUCAGCUUUACAAAGAGCUAGAUACCAAGGAAGGGCAAGGAAAGAUCUUUAAACUAGCACACAUGAGAAAUAAGAAUACCAAGGGUAUAACACACAUAAGACAAAUUAAGGAUAAGGAUGGAAGCGUACUGAGAAAUGAGAGAGACAUAAUAAGGAGAUGGGAAGAAUAUUUUGAGUCCUUAUUGAAUGAAUAA